UCUUAUUCUGCUAUUGAAUUUAAUCAGUAACAUUAUGUAAAAGUAAAAGUAAAAGUAAAAGUAGGCCUAUUCAUUAACUGUUGCCACUGGAGACGAUGGCACUGGCACUGAGUGUUAUAUUGCUUUGAUACUGAAACCUAGUAAAACUUUAGCAGACUGCGCGAGCUCCUUGGUAGUGAUUUUUCCAUCUGCUGACCACCGCUUUUUGGCGCAGCUAAAACAAUUCGAAUCCUCUACAAAUGCACCGUCUUACAUAAUUUUGCAGAAGAAAUCAAGAAACAGAGGAAAUGGGCUCAUUUCUGACAACUAACCAGAAAUGUUACGAUCCCCACGAUUCCACGCUGAGGUUUGUGGAUAGAGAAGAUGAGCUAGACUUUCUGUGUGAAGGUUUUCCUUCUCAGAGAGCACUGAUGUCUUGUGGUCAUGCUGUGACUCCCAUGUCUCUCACCAACUGGUGCCGUCAGUUGUUGGAAAAGGGUGAAAGCAGAUUUGUAUGUGGUCUGUAUGGUUGUGCUGCAGAGUGGCCUUAUGUGGAGGUGCGAAAAAUGGCUCUCCUGACCAACGAAGAAAGGGAGUACUUUGAAAAAAACAUGGCUCUCAAUGCUAUCAAGGUUUACUUUGACUGCAAACUAUGUCCUGAAUGCAAUCAUACUGUAACGAGGAAGGAUCAGUCCAAUCUGAGUGUCCAAUGCCACAUUUGCACAGCAAGGAGAGGAACGGCCUAUUAAUUCUGCUGGCAGUGUCUGAAGGAAUGGAAAGGUGAUCGCUCCCGAACAGACUGCUGUGAAAAUGAAGGCUGCUACAACGAGGCCCUAAAAACACUGAAAACCUGUUCAGUUAUCACCUUUGAGUCUGUGGAAGGAGUCAAAGGAUGUCCUUCCAUCCGGGCCUGUCCCACCUGUGGCUAUCUGCUAGAGCAUAGUUCCAAAAACUGUAAAAACAUUUUCUGUCCUCAAUGUAAGGUGGAGUUCUGUUUUGUUUGCCUAAAGAUCACAACUGAAUGUCUGAAAACAAGUAGCUAUUUCAAUCUAUGCUCGGAUGGUGUCGCCCCCAGACAGACUUCUAUACCUGUGUGGCAGAGAAAAUGAUGUAAACACUAACCUGUGUGCUUC